AGAUUUAACACGUGGAUGGCUAUGACGUCAAACGCUGCACUGUAUGCACCACCUGACGGUGAGAAGUUUAAGAAUUGAGCAAUAAUCACAAGAGCCAGUUUACAGCAGAUGUGUAAUGGUGCCCAGUGAAGAAAACCUCACAGCUGUGUUAAACCUAGACAGCUGUCUGAACUGCACCCAGACAUCAGUGUAUGAUGUGAACCUCCCGAAGGUGGUGACCAUGGCGGUGGUCUUUAUCUUCUUCGUUGUGUUCGGAGUAAUGGGUAACGUGCUGGUCAUCGUGUCUGUCGCGUGCCACCGUCAUCUCCGUUCGGUCACACACUACUUCGUCGCCAACUUAGCUGUUGCUGAUCUACUGCUGAGCUGCGUGGUUGUACCGUUGUCAGCCUCAUCUGAGGCACUGGGACGCUGGGUUUUCGGCCGGGCUCUUUGUGGCGUGUGGGCGUCUCUUGAUGUCCUGUGCUGCACCGCAUCCAUCUUCAACCUCUGCGUCAUCUCCAUGGACCGCUGGCUGGCUGUCAGCUAUCCGCUGCAGUACCCAUGUCUCGCCACAAGUCGACGUGCUAUCGGUGCCAUGGUGGCUGUCUGGGUGGCGUCGGCUGGCAUUUCUGUCGGGCCACUGUUUGGCUGGAGAGAGCCGAUGCCUGACGACGAAUCGGUGUGUAGCGUCAACGAAGACCCAGGAUAUGCCGUUUUCUCGGCCGCCUGCUCCUUCUACGUUCCCCUCACUGUAAUAUUAGUCAUGUACUGUAAAGUCUACGUGGUGGCACACAGGAGAGCAAGAAGUCUCAAUGAUGGGCAGUGGCACAGCGAUGUAAAGGACAGGGUGGUGUUCAGGAUCCACCGUGGCAAUGCUCAGAUAUGUGGAAAGGAAGAUGACGGAAGUAGGAAAUGUCGCUCCUACGGUGCCCUUGUGAAGCUGCUCACAUUCUCGAGGGAGAUGAAAGCGGCGAAGACCCUGGGCAUCGUGGUGGGCUGCUUCGUCCUCUGCUGGUUCCCCUUCUUCCUCGUGCUGCCCAUCAGCUCCAUCUUCCCGUCUCACAGACCCUCCGACGCGGUGUUUAAGACCACCUUCUGGCUUGGAUACUUCAACAGCUGCCUAAACCCCAUUAUCUACACCUGCUUCAGCCAGGAGUUCAAAAAAGCCUUCCAGAACGUUCUUAAAGGCUGCUGCUUUUGCAGAACCACCGCCGCCACACCUCUGACCCGAAUCGCCUUCCAUCCUGCCCCGCCUUCAUGUCCUGUCACUCAUUCUGCCCCUCAGUUUACUCAGACAGGGGCAAAUCAGAUGAGUAAAAGCUUCCUGAAGGCCUGUUGCUUCAGCGCCAGGGGCAGAAGUACCGGCACUGAGACUCGACACGUCUUUGUGGACAUGAAAGGCAUGACGGCAGGACAGGCGGUGUGAGACAUGACGAACGUGAUUGUUAUGGAAAAAUUAUACAGAUGGGGAUAUAAAAGUCGACACACCCCUGUUAAAAUUCAGGUUUUUGUGAUGUAAAAAAAAAAAAAAAUGAAACUAAGAUAAAUCAUGUCAGAACUUUUUCCGCCCUCGACGUGAAAGUACAACCGAUAUCAAUUAAAUGAAAAACAAUCAGGAAAAAGAAGAACGUCACAAUAACCUGGUUGCAUAAGUAUGCACACCCUUAUAUAAUUGGGGAUGUGGACGUGUUCGGAAAGAACCUGACAAAAUUUGAUCUUAGUGUCGUCCUUUUACUUCACAAAAACCUGCCAUUUCAACAGGGGUGUGAAAACUUUUUGAUAAAUCUGUCUAUCAUUUUUCACUGCCCAUUUUGACAAAAAUGAAUAAAUAAAUAAAUAAAAUAAAAUUCAAAAAAGAAUAGACUAUAUAUUCUGCACAUUUCUGUUUCUGUUUCAGAUCAGUCCUUGUACAUCUGGAUGUUUUCUUGCUUAUCUUUGUUCCUAAAAUGAUCUUUUGUU